AUGAAAUUUAGGCUUGUUUUGGCCACGAUCCCCGUGCUCGGGCUGGGAGCGUGGGGGUUGAGGUCGAUUGUCGAAGGAGAAGGUGGAAGUGGGGAGUUUGCGUCGGAACUAGUCGUGGCUAAGGGUGUGGCGCGGAGGCGGCAGCGAGAUCUACACUCAGUUGGUAAUGAGAUCGUGGCCGUGAUAACGAAGCCUGUGCCUGCGGGCGGCAUCGGCUUGACUCAAGUCGCCUUUGCAAGAACAGCGAAGUUUAAACGAGAGCAAGAGAAGGGCGCAGGGCGCAUGCGCGACUUGAUCAUCAUCAAAGUACAGUUGUUGACUUUCUUUCCGUUCGACGAACGCACGCGUGCACGCAUGCGCGGAAAACCUCACCUGCUAUCCUCUUCCGCCUCACCUGCUAUCCUCUUCCGCCUCACCAUUAUCCUCUUCCGCCUCACCUGCUAUCCUCUUCCGCCUCACCUGCUAUCCUCUUCCGCCUUAUCUGCUAUCCUCUUCCGCUUCACCUGCUAUCCUCUUCCGCCGAAACUGCUAUCCUCUUCCGCCUCACCUGCUAUCCACUUCCGCCUCACCUGCUAUCCUCUACGACUCACCUUCUAUCUUCUUCCGCCUCACCUGCUAUCCUCCUCCGCCUCACCAGCUAUCCUCUUCCGCCUCACCUUCUAUCCUCUUCCACCUAAUAUAUCUGCUAUCCUCUUCCGCCUCACCUACUAUCCUCUUCCGCCGAACCUGCUAUCCUCUUUCGCCUCACCCGCUAUCCUCUUUCGCCUCACUUGCUAUCAUCUUCCACCGCACUUCUUUGAGAAUCACUGGCAUAUAACAGACUGUUCUAUCCAGCCAUUUCAAGAAUAA